UUCCUUGUUGGUACCAAAUCACUGGCGCCAACCGUAAACUCGAGUUUAACAACAGCGAAUAGGGCUAAAAUUUGUAUUUUGAACAACGGUUUAGGUGCUGAGAGAGUUAUCGCUGUCGUUGCUGGUUAGCUGCUCGGCUAACACUCUGUGUGGACCGAACCGAGCAGGGUUUAACUUUUUGCAUGGACGCUAGCGGGGAAACAGCCAGCAUGGCCUCAGAGGAAGCGCACGAAGUCCAACAUCUAACGCAGGAGGAGAGCCUGGAGCUAGCGUUAGCAAACAUGACAGUGGAAGGUUUUGUCCCCUCCUUGAUUCCUUACCUAGAACUGCAGCAGCAGGCUGUGCAGACAGACAGCACGACACAAGAGGUGGCUGUCAACACAGAGCCGGACUGGGAGCAUCAGGUGGCGGCCAUGUUGGAGUACAGCUCCAGCCUGACGGCGCAGUACGACAGUUUGAUGAGGAAGCAGGACGAGGAGGAGGUGGCACACGAGAAAGACAAACAACAACUGCAGAAGAAGAAGGAGGAGACCACCCGCCAGCAUCAGGCUCUUCUGGACAAAUUGGAAUCUCUGAGAGUUAAACUGCAGCUGAACAACUCCAAGGCCACCAGGAAGAACUUCUUAGCCAAGAAACAGGAAAUGACCUUAGAAAAGAACAGAGCAGAGGAGGAGCGGAACAGGCUGGCCAAGGAGCUGGAGGAGAGUGAGAGGAAGCUAACGGCUCUCGCAGAGGAGCAGAGCGAGGAGCAGCGGAGGUGGCAAGAGGAGUUGGACGAACUGAGGCAGGAAAUGGAGCGAGUGAGGAAGGAGGCGGAGGAGGCCGAGCUGCUGGCCUUACGGGAUGAGAUCGCAGCUGUGGAAAAGCAGAGAGACGUUGCCAUGGCUCGCAUCGAGGCCUGGCUGAGAGAGGUGGGGCAGUACCUGAAUGCUCUUAGGAUGGAGUUUCCGCAGCAGUACCCUCAUGAGAGGCAGAAAUGGGAGAAGAAGGAAGGUCUGGUCCGGAGGAACCAGGCGGAGCUCCAGAGCCGUUUCCAGGAGGUUCUACAGCAACUCCAGCAGGGUCGAGAGUUAGACUCCGUCCCCAGGAUCAAUGUGCCAUCUCUGCCGCAGGUCCCCAUGGCUGACCUGAGAUACAAUCAGGUGAUGCAGUCAUUGGUCCGCUCUCAGGUCAUGCCCCCUCCUCCAAACCCAGUGAAUCGACCCUUCCCUCCCCAGAGACACCCACACUUCUACCAGCAACCGUACCAGCCCCCUCACCAUCCCCAGUACCGCCACCGCUACCACCACCCACCACCUCAGCACCAUUUCCAAGCCCCCCUCCCUCCCCAGCACCAACCUCCACACCAGUUACAGCCUCCCCAUCUUCCUCAGCCUCAGCUCCAGCCUCACAUCAGAGUUCCAUUGCGGGUGACUCCCCCUCUUAGUCUCUCCCCAUCCCCUCCCAUGCAGCCUAUCCACCCUGUGGUUCCUUCCCCACCUCCCCCUGCUGCUGCUACUGCUACUGCUACUGCUACUGCUACCGCUUCAACUUCCGCCCCCGCUGGCAAACUUGACAAGGUCCUGGAGAAGCUCGGGACUCGGUUCCCACAGUGCAACAGGGCUCAGCUCACGUCGCUGCUCCAGCAGGUGAAGAGCUCCCGCGGUACGCUGGCUGGCAUGUCCAUGGAGGAGGUCAUCGAGCAGGUCGGCCUCAAGCUGGUACAGAACGAGAAGGUGGCCCUGGGGCCCAUCGGCCGGCCCACACCCCCUGGCCCCAUCCAGAGGCCGACACCUCCCCCGCAGAGAGCCGCGGCAGGUGGAGGUCAGGCUGUCGGGGCCCGUAAACUCUGCCUGAUGUGCCAGAACCACGUGGAUCCGGAGAACCGCCACCCAGUGAGCUGCUCCCACACCAUCCACAAAGACUGCAUCAGGAUGUGGCUGCAGUUCAGCAAGAACAACACGUGUCCCUUCUGCCCGGGGAAGUAACCGAGAAAACCAUGGGGUGAAAGUUCAGCCACUCUGACUCUAAUCACUGCCAUUUCAAAAACGACUCUGUGUGCUGAUGUGUCUGUUUACAGCGGAUGUGUUUUUGUUUUGUUUUUUCAAAUAAAGAUCAUUAAAGAGGA